UACAUCUACCUAUCUAGUGUGUAACUCGUGUUGAAGAAGUUAAUUUGGAAAUUAUUAGUCUUUUUUUGGGUGGACAUUUAUAAUGCCGUCAAUGGUGGUUCCUGAGGUAACACUAAACUCGUGUGACGGCAUAACAAUGCCAGUGAUCGGCAUGGGGACUUCAUCGUACCCUCGCGCCGAUCCGGAAACAGCCAAGGCUGCAAUUCUUGAAGCUAUCAAAACGGGGUACCGCCACUUCGACACGGCCUUCAUUUACGGAUCAGAGCAUGAUCUGGGUGAAGGCAUAGCCGAAGCCCUGCGUCUUGGUUUCAUCAACUCCAGAAGUGAGCUCUUCAUCACCACCAAGCUCUGGGCCAGCUUUGCUGAGAGGGACCUUGUAGUGCCUGCCAUCAAGGCCAGUUUAAGGAAUCUUCAAGUGGAGUAUGUGGAUAUGUACAUAAUUCAUUGGCCCUUCAAGUUAGUGAAAGAGGUGAAGAGUACGCCUGUUGAAAAGGAGAUUGUGCAACCUCUAGAUUUGAAGUCUGUUUGGGAAGGCAUGGAAGAGUGCAAGAGACUGGGCCUUGCCAGGGCCAUUGGCGUCAGUAAUUUCACCUGCAACAUGCUUCAGGACCUCCUUUCCAUCGCCAAAAUCCCUCCCGCCCUCAACCAAGUGGAGAUGAAUCCAGCCUGGCAGCUGAAAAACAUGAGGGAGUUUUGUAAGGCAAAAGGGAUCCAUGUCACAGCAUUCUCUCCGUUGGGUGCAUCUGGGACAAAAUGGGGAGACGACAGAGUUUUAGGCUCAGCUAUCCUCCAAGACAUUGCCAAAGCCAAAGGCAAAACAACAGCUCAGAUAUCGUUGAGAUGGGUGUACGAGCAAGGGGUGAGCAUGGUGACCAAGAGCUACAACAAGGACCGAAUGAAGCACAACCUCGACAUCUUCGGUUGGUCCUUGACGGAGGAGGAGUUGGACAAGCUGACUCAUCUUCCUCAGCGCAAAGGUGUCAAUUUUGCCUCACUUUUGGGGCCGCAUGAUAUUGUGCUUGAGAUUGAUGCUCAAUUAUGACCAUUCAAUCCAUCCUCAUGGGCUUUCUUUCCUUCCUUUAUUUGCUUUCUCUCUUUAUGUUAAACGUAUUAUUCGUCAUAAUAUAUCAAGUUUGAAGAAAAAGAAUUACGUUAUAAAGAAAUAGUAGUUGACCCAGUUAGGAUGUAGCGUUUGCAAGGGACUUUUCUUUCUUUAGUCAAUAACCUUUCUGUUUAAAUUAUAUAUGUAUCAUAUCAUGUUAGUUUAGCUUCUGGCUAAGUUUUUGGCUGCCCCCAUUUUACCAAAAAAAUUAUAUCUAUCACUUCCAACAAAAAUAUAUUUAUAUAUGUAUAACGGGCACAUUGCAUUAGGUGGGGCAAGCAUGUGGGCUGCUUUUGUUGUCUUCGUGGACUCCAUAAAAUAUUGAUUCAGGCAAUUCAUUAGGCAGUACGUAGCUCAA